CCAUCAGUCCGUAUCAGUAUAAAUCCCUCGUUUUGACUUGACAUAGUUCAAAACGGUUUGGGAGUUGCUGUUCUUCUAAAAUCUGUAGCUAUGGAUUCAAGAGCGAUGUUUGUCUUAUUAUGGAUGUUGCUGUCGUCCACCUCCUCUGGAAUCAAACUAGAUGGAAAUGGCUAUGUUGACGUUAUAAUCGCAAUCAGUUCAAGAGUACCACAGGAUAACACGCUCAUUGAUAAAAUCAAGGAGAUGGUCACUGAGGCGUCGUUUUCCCUUUAUGAUGCAUUGAAUAAAAAGGUAUAUUUCAAAGAAGCUACAAUUCUAGUCCCACCUCAGUGGAAUGGUAUUAACUUUACCAAAGCAAGAACAGAGUCAUUUGGAAAGGCCAAAAUAAGAAUUGAUAAUGCUAAUCCAGCAUACGAUGUUGAACCCUACACUAAUCAGUAUGGAGAAUGUGGAGCUGAGGGCGAGUACAUUCAUUUCACCCCAGAAUACCUCCUGAAUGACUCUUUUAUUCAGCUUUAUGGAUCAAGAGGAACCGUUUUUGUGCAUGAAUGGGCUCAUCUGAGAUGGGGUGUAUAUGAUGAAUACAAUAGAGAUAAGCCAUAUUACCACUCUAAUAGCCAUACUGAAGCUACAAGGUGUAGUGAAAAAAAUGGAGGUCAGUUUUAUAAUGUUACAGCAGGAGGAUCUCUUCAACCUUGCCGCAUUGAUCCACAAACUUCUCUGCCUGCCAAGGGGUGCAUGUUUUUCCCAAACAGGAAUCAAAUCACAAAUUGCUCCAUUAUGUUCUCACCGAGUCUGGAUCCUGUGACUGCAUUUUGUCAAGAAGAUGAGCACGAUUAUGAAGCUCAAAACAUGUUCAAUAAAAAAUGUGGCAAAGCAACAUGGACUGUAAUUUUUGAGGAUUCUGUGGAUAAAGACGCACUUCGUUCUCUGAAACCACUGCAGUCCCCUCCACCGCCACCAUCUUUCAAAGUUCUGCAGAGGACACAUCGGGUCGUUUGUCUCAUCCUUGAUGUCUCAGGAAGCAUGCAAGACGCUAGAAUUCUUCAACAGCGACAGGCUGCCACACAUUUCCUGCGGUACAUCAUUGAAGAUCAAGCCAGUGUUGGAAUUGUAACCUUUAGUACUUCUGCUUCUACUCUGCGAUCCUUGACUAUUAUUGACAGUGAAAACACACGAGAGACUCUCAUCCAAUCGUUACCAACAGUAGCAAGUGGAUCUACAAACAUGUGCUUGGGCCUUAGUCAAGGCUUACAGGUACUUCAAAACGACAAUGGGGAUGUAUUAGGAGAUGAAAUCAUUUUUCUGACAGAUGGUCAGGCAACAGACAACAUUACUGGUUGUGCUCCAUCUGCAAUACAAAGUGGUGCCAUUAUACACACACUAGCUUUUAGUAACAGUGCAGCUAGUGCACUGAUAGAAAUGGCGAACAAAACUGGGGGAAUAUUUUUCAUAGCCAGAGAUGACAUGAUCUCUAACCAGUUAAUGGAUGCAUUUGCUAUGCUUACAUUAUCAACUGGUGAUUACACAAAAGAACCAGUUCAGCUCGAGAGUGUUGGAGCAAGGACAUCUGGUUGGUUCAACGGGACAGUAUCAGUGGAUCAGACUGUUGGGAACAAAACCAGCUUUGUAAUAAUCUAUGAAAAAAGUUUUCCUAGUGUUUACAUACAAUCACCAAGUGGCUCAAUCUACACUCAGACAAAUAUGAGCCAUGAUGGUUCACUCAACAUAGUCACUUUAAACAUUCCAGGAACUGCAGAGCCUGGGGACUGGAAGUACAGUGUCCAAACCUCCUCAAAUCAGGCUUUCACUAUAACAGUAACAAGUCAAGCACCAGAUGAUGUGAUUCCUCCUAUUAUUGUAAAAACCCACAUGAACCAGCAGUUCAGUGACGGCUCUAAACCCAUGACAGUGUUUGCUGAGGUUAGUCAGAAUUACAGGCCUGUAAUAAAUGCUGAAGUGUGGGCUACACUGGAGUCGGAAACUGGGUCCGUGCAUACAUUACAACUCCUGGACAAUGGAGCAGGAGCUGAUGCUUUCAAAGAUGAUGGCGUCUAUUCCAGAUAUUUCACAAAGAUGGUAAACGGGAGGAGUAGCUUGAAAGUAAGAGUGAAGAACCAAGAGGGACAGACCAGAUUUGCUGCCGAGUAUGUACCUGGAUAUGUGAUAAACGGUGUAGUGCAGCUACACCCUCCAAAGCCUCCAGGUUCUGAGGAACCUCUUGAGGUGGGAAACUUCACCAGAACAGCCACCGGAGAGAGUUUUGCAGUGAAACUUUCAGACACAACUCCACCAAACUUCCCUCCCAACAGAAUCACAGAUCUGAGUGCUGAGAUCCAGGAGGACACUGUGCUUCUCAGCUGGACAGCACCUGGAGAGGACCUCGACCAAGGCACAGCUAAAUCCUAUGAGAUCAGGUGGAGCUUUGACCUUGAUAUGCUUCGAGGCAGCUUCAGCAAUGGUCAUGCAGUCAAUACAGCAGGCAUCUCACCUCAGAAGGCUGGAUCAGAUGAAAAGUAUUCAUUCAAACUCAAUUUCCAAAUCGAAAAUUGCACCACAGUCUUCUUUGCGGUUCAGUCUAAAGACAAUCAAAAUGUAUCAUCUGAAACCUCCAACAUUGCUCCAGGUUCAAUGAUCCCCCCUGGUCCAAAACCCCCAGGAGAAUCAUACCCAUGCAUGAGUUUAAUAAUUCUUGUAAUUUCUCUGUGUGUGGAAACUAUGGUCAUAUGCUUUAUUGUUCCUUUAACCAGAAGGGUGGUGAAAUUCAGGAAACGCUUUGCUGAAAGGAAAGUGGCAUUAACUAUCGCAAACAAAUUUCAAAUCAAUCCCUAUGCCUAAUUUUAACAUAACUAUGUACAUCCAACAGCUUUAUAAUUUUUCUUAAAACAUUCAAUUCUAUAAAAAAGGAUUUCUUGGUUUCUGAAUAUUUUUGCAGCAUCACAAACAAGCAUGUGUAUUUUUGCAGCAUCUUGCAAAGAUUAUUAAGUAUUUCUGUUUUGUUUUAACAAAUACGUGACAUUUGUUUAUCUUGUAGGAUUAUAUUACAUUGUGACCUUAUCUAGUACGUAGUGUUGAUUUCCAUAUAGUUGUUGAUUCUCAUAUAGUUCCAUUUUCCUUUCUUUUUUUUCCCACAUGUCCGGGGAUAAAUCCCGUUUUUUUGUGUCCUGUCCCAGACUGGAGUUGCCACCGAAAUAUCUUCUUUUUACAGCACUUUCAAAACACUCAUAAAAUACACUGCAGUGAGCCACUACGGUCAAGCCAUUCACAGUUUGAAAAUACAUGGUCGAGCCAGCCAUGAUAAGAGAGAGAGAGAGAGUGCUUUCAGAGUGCUUUUUGUCGAUUACCCAAAGAGAUACUAAAAUAAGAUGUAAUGUUUUCAGAUUUUUCUUGUACUUAUACUUUAUAAUUAUCGGUGUGUUCGACAGUUGUGCUUCUUUGAAUAAUGGUUUUCUAUAAUACUUUUCAAGUCAUUGUUUGAUGUGUUGACAACAGGAGUCUACAAGUGUAUACUCUUUCAAAAUGCCUCACUUGCUUUUAGUUUUACUGAAAUGGAACAACAUUAACAACAUAAGCCCUGUAGCAAAUACCAUAUUUCUAAUAAAUUAACUUUGUGACUAAACUCUCCAAAUAAAUAGACACUACGAAAAAUCCAGCCAUUUUAUGUCUAAAUAAGCUGGGGUGGUGCUUACGGCAUAUAUCUCGAGCUACCCAUAUAUCUGGCAUCCCUCCAUUCCAUACAGUAAUCAGCUUCAUUUUCAGUGGGUUUGUCUCAAUCUUAUUAAUUACUGACUCAAUUUGGCAUGGCAAGGAUGUGAUCAGUUUGUGGCACUGCUGAGGUGGCAUGGAAGCCCAGGUUUCUUUGACAGUGACCUUCAGCUCAUCUGCAUUUUUUGGUCUCUUGUUUCUCAUUUUUCUCUUGAUAAUAC